AUGGCCUUCGUCCACUGCGGCUCCGCCGAGUGCACCAAGUCGGAGCUCGACCUCUUCCUGCUAGCCCCCACCCAGACGUGUAUCGAGAAAAGCACGUACGUGGAAGUACCCCCCCUCUCGGCUCUGACGGCGGGCUCGCCCGUGGAGUUUUUUAUAACCGGGCACGGGGAAGAUUAUCUGGACUUGAAUAACACCCUUCUGUACGUCAGCUGUAAAAUCGUCCUGGAAGACGGGACGAACAUCCCCCGCGAUGCCCGCGUGGCGGUGGCAAACUACCCCAUCGCCUCCCUUUUCAGCCAGCUGGACGUGACCGUGGGGGACCGCCUGGUCAGCCAAAGCAGCAACUGUUACCCUUACAGGGCGUUCAUCGAGGGGGUGCUCAACUACAGCGGCGAAACCUUGGCGACGCAGUUUUCCCCGGGGUUGUUUUACAAAGACACCCCGGGGCACCUCGAGAACACCGCUCUGGACGGCCCCAACGAGGGCUUUAAGCAGAGGGCCGCUCUGACCGCCGAGAGCAAGAAGCUCGAGCUUCUGGGGAACCUGCACGCCGACAUUUUUUUCCAGGAGAAACUCCUCCUGAACGGGGUCGAUGUGAAAAUCAAGCUGACUCGCAGCAAGGAUGCUUUCUGCCUCAUCAGCCACGGUCAGGUCGACCACUACAAACUCGUGAUCCUAUCCGCCUCCCUCUUUGUAAAAAAGGUGAAAGUGGCCCUGAGCAUCCGGCUGGCCCACGCCGAAGCCCUGCUGUCCUCUACGGCCAAAUACCCCGUGGACAGAGUCGCCAUGAAGGUGUUCAGCAUCGCGGCCGGCACCCGCGUGAGCAACCAGGAUAACCUCUUCCUGGGCCAGCUCCCCAAGAUGGUGGUGAUGGGCCUGGUGGACAACGACGCUUUCAGCGGGGCUUUCAACAAAAACCCCUUCAACUUCAAACAUUACAACAUUAACUUUGUGGCGUUGUACGUGGACGGGGAGCAAGUGCCCGCCAAACCCUUCCAGCCCGACUUUCCGAACGGGAACUGCGUCAGGGAAUACAUGAACCUGGUGCAGACGGCCGGGAAGCAUCUGCAGGACCGGCCUCUCCUGAUCAACAGGGACGGGUUUGCGAAGGGGUACACGUUGUUUGCCUUCGACCUGACGCCCGAUCAGGAGUGCUCCGACCAUUACUCUCUGAUCAAGACGGGGAACCUGAGGGCCGAAAUCCGCUUCGCCGACGCUCUGGCCCACACGGUCAACCUGAUCGUGUACGGGGUGUUCGAUAACGUGGUCGAGAUCAACCACAACCGCAACGUCCUCUUUGACUACAUGUAG